UUCAAAUUCCCGGCAUUUUGUUCUCUAAUCGAACUCGAUUCCGAUUCUGUGUCCUCUCCCCUCAACCAAUCCGAAGCUCUUUUAUACACUUAUGAUACCUUUCACGCAGGCUAACAAUCGGUUCAAUUUUGAUUUUCAAUUGGAUUCAAGUACAGUUCGGUCCAUCCGAGGCAUGGACUCCGUGGUAGCAACGGUCAGCGGCUACCACGGCUCGGAGCGGUUCAAACUCAUCAAGCUGAUCUCCGAAGCUGGUGCUAGUUACGUUGGCGCGAUGUCGAGAUCAACUACGCAUUUGGUGUGUUGGAAAUUUGAGGGAAAGAAAUAUGAUCUUGCGAAGAAGUUUAAAACAAUAGUAGUUAAUCAUCGGUGGGUUGAAGAUUGUAUAAAGCAAAGAACUCGUGUCCCUGAAGCUCCUUAUAUGUUGCAAUGUGGACAGGAGAUAGGGCCUUUGUCGUUGGAAAUACCCAUUGUAACUAAGAAGCAUUCAAUGUUUUCUGACCAAUCCUACCAUAGACUUGGAGGUGACUCUGAAACAGAAGAUGAUAUGGAUUCCAAUGGUUCUGACCUUGCUGCUUGGACUGAUUCUUUUCUGUUGAAUGAGAACUUCUUACUGAAGUUUGAAAAUAGCAAUAGUACAUCUCAUACAUCAAAGGCAAAGACAUUAAAAAGAACUUCAAAGAAGGAGCAGCGGUCUAGUGCCAGAUACUGUUUUCAAGAGCCUCCUUUAUCUGGAUUAGUCAGUAUGGAGAAUGAAGAGUCAAGUUCUGAUUCUUCAAUCCAUUCUACGAGCGGGAAAAGGAAGAUUUCAAAGCAACAGGAGUCAAGUACUUCCUUCUUGCAGUCAGAAAGAGAGAAAAGGCAGAUAUCCAAGGUCAUCAACACCACUUUGGUUAAACCUCCUGGUAAAGGUCGGAGGCUUCUGAAAAAGAAUAUUGGCAGAGAUGUUUUAGAGUCUGUACUUUCAGAUUCUGAUCUAGAAGAGAAUCAAAUAUUCAGAACUAGAGGAACAUCUAAUGAUAGGUUCCAUCAGCUUGGGGAAAUAGAUGAAGGUUUUGAAGAAACUGAAGACAUAGAAGACAGAAAUCAUCAACGUGCUCUGGAAAGAGUUUCACGGGAUGGGUGCACUGAUUUUGAUAACUUAAAUGGGGAGGUCAAAGAAACCGAUCAGACUGAACACAUUAAUAGAUUACCUACUUCAAUGGAAUUAUCUUGUGUUAUAUGUUGGACAGAAUUUAGUUCAACCAGAGGAAUUCUACCUUGUGGACAUCGAUUUUGUUAUUCAUGCAUCCAAAACUGGGCCGAUCAUAUGGCUUCAAUGAGAAAAUUUUCAACUUGUCCAUUGUGCAAGGCCAGUUUUGUGAGCAUCACAAAGGUGGAGGAUGCAGCCACUUGUGAUCAGAAAAUUUAUUCCCAAACAAUUCCAUGUGCCUUGCCAACAACAGAUAUCUUCUUUGUCACUGAUCGAGCUAGACCUGGUAUUGGUGCUCAGCCCUCUUUACUUCCAUCAUGUAGUGAAUGCCGUUCCCGGGAACCAGAGGAGCUUCUCGUCAGAUGCCAUCUAUGCCAAAUUCGUUGCAUUCAUUCCUACUGUCUGGACCCCCCUUUGCUUCCAUGGACAUGCAUUUAUUGCAAGGAUCUCCAGAUGCUUUACCAUCACAGCUACUAGUGCCUACUUCUGUAUCCAUAUCUCAUCCACAAUGUGUAAGAAUUUCUUACAAUGCACAUAUAUUCUAGCUUUAUAAACGAUUUCACUCAACAGUUCUUGGCACUGCAAACAUUUGUUUCACUCGAGGCUGAACUUACGUCUUUUAAUUACAAGAAAUUGUGCGAAUUUUGAGUUGUAUGCAUCUUUUUAAUAUUGUUCAAUUUAAU